UAAUAUCAGCUGGUACAAAUCAUGCCAAGUAACAUUGGAGGUUGAAUGCAAAAUGGAGAGUUUUGAGGUUAUUUUAAAACCAAUUUGCCUUGUAAUACUAAUAGUUCUGUGCUUGCAUGCAAUGCCAAGUUCAUGUAAUUUCACGUCUUUCGUGUUUGGGGAUUCAUUGGUAGAUGCGGGAAACAACGAUUAUAUAUUCACCCUCUCCAAGGCUGAUUCCCCUCCUUAUGGCAUCGAUUUCACGCCUUCGGGUGGGCAACCUACCGGAAGAUUUACCAAUGGUCGAACAAUAGCCGACAUUGUAGGUCAAUCUCUGGGAGCCAAAUCGUUUCCACCACCUUACUUGGCACCAAACGCUGAAGCUCAGGCCAUCCUCAGGGGAAUAAAUUAUGCCUCUGGAGCUUCAGGAAUUAUGGAUAAAACUGGAUUUUUCUUUAUUGGAAGAAUUCCACUUGGGGAACAAGUGAGUAAUUUCGAACAAAAUCGAAUUUAUAUGGUGAAUGCGAUGGGUGAAAAUUAUACGAGAAAAUUUUUAAGGAAGGCAAUUUUUUCUCUCACAAUUGGGUCUAAUGAUGUAUUGAAUUAUAUCCAACUAUCUAUACCAUUUCUAAGACAUGACAAGGUCUCGCCCUCAACAUUCCUAGAUUUCAUGAUCUCUAACUUGACACUUCAACUCGAGCGAUUGCAUGAGAUGGGAGCUAGGAAGUUUAUUGUUGUUGGGGUUGGACCGCUCGGUUGCAUACCAUUUGUUCGAGCACUCAAGCUAUUGGGGAGGGGACAAUGCUCGAGUGCAGUGAAUACAUUGAUUCAAGCCUAUAAUCACAGAUUAAAAGAGCUUUUGAGUCGUUUAAAUCAAGAGAUGGGACCUGAAACCAUCUUCGUGUUUGCAAACUCCUACGAUGUUUUCAUGGACAUCAUUGCUAACUAUCAUCAAUACGGCUUAGAGAACGCCAAUGACCCAUGUUGCGGUGGGUAUUUUCCGCCAUUCGUUUGCUUUAAGAGCAGCGACGCUAACACCUCAGCUUUGUGCGACGAUCGAUCCAAGUACGUGUUUUGGGAUGCGUAUCACCCCACCGAAGCUGCUAAUCUUAUCAUUGCGAAACAAUUGGUAGAUGGGGAUGAAAACGUUAGCUUCCCAAUCAAUAUUCGCAAGCUUUACAACUACAAUAAUUCCUAGUGGCCUGCAUGGUUGAGGAAAGGUUCACAAUGUUGUGAAAUGUAUUUAAUGCCAAUCCCUUUGUUGAACUUUCCCAAUUUGAAAUUACACCAUGUGCCGUAGCCAGCUAUAAUCAACUGUGAUUCUCUUCAGUUUCAAA